AUGCUGGUAAUUAUUCCACCCAUUACUUUCUUACUGCUCUCACUACCGCUGUAUGACGCGGUGUACACGGGUCCUCUACACCCCGAGAUGUCCAACGGCACGUUCCAUCACUUCUUUGUUCCGGACGGGGAAUACGAGGAGACGGAGGAUCUCGAGCAGUGCCAGAUGCUGUUUAAAUGGCUCGACCGCUCGCCGUGUUUAGCGGAUGAGGACAGAGACUCGUUUAUCCGAGACGAUUUUAUCUCCGUCAAGCAACAAGUGGAGGAUUCAGCUCGAGUGCUGGAGAGACUCGGGAGAAGCAUCUCUUACGAUCUGGAGGGAGAGGAUACGUACGGAACGUAUUUAAGAAAAGAGAUCGAACAGAUCACCGAGGCUUUUUCCAGCGUGGAGAAAUCUCUGCUGGAGCUCGAGGUGAAAUUCAAGCAGAGCCAGGAGUCCGAGCAAAAAGAGGAGCAGGAGUUCACCAAAACCCUGCUGAGUCCCAUGCAGAGUGUCAGGAGCUCCCUACAGGAGACUGUGGACAUCUCCUCCGGCCUGAAGGACAAACACGAACUUAUUUCCCUCAUCAUCCGCAGCCAUGGUACCAGGUUAAACAGGCUCAAAAAUGAAUACUUGAACAUCUAA